AUGGACACUUACCAGUUCUCCCAAGUCUAUAGGGCUUCAGCCAUAUCCUUUUCACCAGGCUCAACAUUUAUCGCGGCCGCCAUCGAGGAUCAUGUGAUGAUUCGAUCCACAUCGAGUCUCGACCUGAUACGGACAUGGCAUUGCUCCUCGUCUCCCGAAGCACCGUCACCAGGCUCUGUCACACAACGCAAGCCUCAUACUGUCGAUUUUCUCGAGUGGUCUUCGGAUGGGUCCCGUUUGCUCGCAUUUACAUCAAAAGGGGGGCAGGCUUGGGUCCUUGAUCUCAGCUCUGGGGAACAGGUAGCCCAUCUUGCUAACGGCGUAACGCGCGUCGAGUGGGGAGGCAGUUCCAUUCUAGCGUGGUCCGAUAGGGGGGUCUCUUGGCAUCAUCUGCCAACCGGCACCAGUCGCUUUGUGCAGUACGCCCAGCAGGCGCAGAAAGGACAUGCCUGGUCACCAGGCCAUCGCUACAUAGCCUUGCUGGAGCGACAUCAUGGACGGUGCUAUGUUGGAGUGUACGACAGUCAAUCCCUUAUCCGACACUUUCCAGUUAGUACUGAAGCGAGUGGGGUGUCAUGGAGCCCUUGUGGCAAGUGGAUCGCUGCCUGGGAUUGGAAAGUCAACUACGCGAUCAGCUUCCACACCCCGGCAGGCACGAUGGCAGGCAGUUUCAAGCCAGCCAACGCUAUCCUGGGCGUGAGCGCAGUGGCAUGGUCCCCCAACGGACGCCAUGUCAUAGUUGGGGGGUACGAUGGCACAGUUCACGUCCUUGAGAGCGAAAGCUUCUACCCAAUCGCUGCCCUCCGAGGGUAUGAAGGUGACAUCUUGGGAGAACCGCCAACUGGCCAUACCACUCUGACUCAGUUCACUCCGACGACUGCUGCUCCCCAUCGUUCCGGGGUUCAGCAUGUGGGUGUCUCGGAGGAUGGGAGUAUACUCUUCUUCUGCCACGACUCAGCUCUACACGUCUAUACACUACUCCCUUCUACCGGAUCCGCAACCCCAGACAUCUCGCAUUGGUCAACAGCGGUGUUGCUGAACGGAGUAAAGUCCAUCCGGCCGUGCCCGACCACAAACAGGAUCGCCUUUGUCACGGGGGCAGCAAAACUUUACAUGUGGGACAAGCUCGGAGUCGAGGCUGUGAAGAUUCCUGGAGACGUGCUCGCUGUCGAUGUUCACUGGGCUCCAGACGGCCACACGGCCUCUGUGUCUGACCGACGCUUGUUCUGUCUGGUGUAUGAGGAAGGUGCCGACGAGUCGACGAACAUGGAGGGCGAGGGCUGGGAAGAAUUGGAUUGA